AUGAAGGAGCCAGAAGUUGCUCAUAUCGCCGCAACUUUAUUUUCUCAAGAAUCUGUUAUGAAAGCAAAUAUUCAACAUAAAGGGGGUGUUAGUGGUUAUCGUCUGGGGUUUCUUGUGCAGGAAGCAAGUUUCAAAGCUGAUAAGAAAAACUUGAAGGCCUUCAACGCCAUUCUCGCCUGUUGUAUCUAUGGUAUUAUGUUGUUCCCGGACGAGCCAAAGUUUCUGGACAUGAAUGCCAUUUCUAUCUAUAUCCAGAAGAAUCUGGUGCCCACUAUUUUGGGAGACCUGUAUCAUUUUGUGCAUUUUAGAAGCGAUAAAGGCAAAGGUGGAGUGAUUUUCUGCUGUGCUCCGUUGUUGUAUCGAUGGUUUGCUAGUCACCUUCCUUCGCAAGAGGCAUUUGUUGAUACACAACAUACUAUGAGAUGGUCUAAUCGCUUGAUGGGGCUAACCUCCAAAGAUCUCAAUUGGUACAAGCCAGGCUUGGGAAGAUUGGGGAACAAAGAGAUUAUUGUGAAAUGCGGCGGAUUUCCUAAUGUCCCUCUCUUGGGCAUAAGAGGUGGCGUCAAUUAUAAUCAUACACUUUCUAGAAGGCAGUUGGGGUAUGCGCUGAGGGUGCCUCCGACCGAUCGGGAAGUGAUGGAAUCCUUGUCUUAUAAUGUGCCUGAUAGUACUGGGAUGAUGGAGAAGGCUGCCAAAGCAUGGGAAAAUGUUCAUCUGGAAGAUAGUACUUAUUUUGGCAAAAGAGAUGCUGGAAUUUACUCUCCUUAUGUUCAGUGGCUCGUUGAGAGGAACAUGAGACAACGAUGGCCUUUUCAUUUGGAAGCUCCUUUGUAUCACCAGAGUCUUGAUCAACCUGACGCGGUGCCCAAAGAGUCUUAUGAUCAACUCUAUGCUCAAAGAGUUCAAUUGCAGUCGCAAAAUGAGGAGUUGGGGGUGAAACUCCUUGUGGCUGAGCAAGAAAAGAAUCAGUUAUCUCAUAAUCUUGAGAAGAUCCAAGAAGAGUCGUGA